GAAGCAGGGUAGGCAUUCAUGAUUUCAAACACGAAAUUUUAUUGAUAGAAAUAAUCUAAACCAUCUUAUAUGAGACCUUCAAAACCUAAUUCCCAAUCUUCAAAUUGUUUGACCAGAUUGAAAUACUUCAUUCGAACUCAAAAGAAAAGGCAACAGAAAAAAUCCACCACAUAAUUAAAAACAUAAAUGAUUUUCGCACCCCAAAAAUGAUUUUCAUUUAGCAUAACACAAACAUGAAAUUCAACGUUGCCAUAUGUUAUAACAAUAACAUGUGUACAUGACUUGUGCGAAAGGUGAAUUGCACCAAUUAUCUAACAUCUCUUGGCAGCAAAGAGAGGUUCGAAGAUGCUGGCUUCUGCAACGUUGAUUAAACUAAGCGAAGCAUUCGUGUGCACGAAUCUUACAGCCGGGCAGAAGGUGUUGAAAUUGUUCGCAAAAGGCAGCUAGCUCAAGGGCACUUGUAUGUUUGCCGUAGAUGUUGGUCAAUUGCAGGAGGCAACUCUUUUGAUAUUUUCCAGCUGCUUAUAGUAAUAAGAGAGUGCAUAGUAGUAGAUAAAUGCAAGCCUCUGCUUAUCAUGGCCAUCAAUUACAGGAUACAAAAAAAUAAUUUCCUACAACUCCUGCAAAAUUUACGAAAUCCCCACUGAUUUGGUUAGCGGAUGAUUCUACAGAUUUUUAUCUCAAAUCCCAUUGCACUUUGCCAUCCCAAGGUAAACUGGAAGCUGAAUUCCAAGCAUUGUCUGUAAGUGAACCUCAUCAUGUCAUUGUUUACGCAGUCUCCAUCCAGUAAUCCGGUGCAUUCUGUUUCCCGAUUGCAUCAUAGAACCCCUAAAUUAUAUAAAUCUCAGAGUCUGUUUGGCAGAUGCAACUUGCCAUAUGUUAGCAGUGGUCUUCGGAUCAUUUGUUGUGCUAACACAUCUCGAUGGGAACCACCUCCAGUAACAUAUGUUCCCGAGAAAGAAGGUACAUUGCUCAAAGAGUCUAGCAAUAUCUUUGAAACCAUCACUUCUUCUAGUGAGGCAGCUGAAGCUUCAAUAACUAAGACGGAGCAUCAGCAUGUGGAUGCAAAUAAGCAGCCUGUUAUGCAGUUCCACUACCUUAGGCAGCCUCUAUGGCUUCUUGGCCCCUUGCUUCUCUUGGUGACCGGCGUUGUACCCACCUUGUGGCUGCCAAUAUCAUCUAUUUUCCUUGGCCCCAACAUAGCCAGCCUUCUAUCCCUUACCGGACUAGACUGCAUUUUCAAUCUUGGCGCGACCCUGUUCCUCCUUAUGGCGGACUCCAGCGCUCAUCCAAACAAGGAGAGUGAAGGUUGCAGCAGCAAGCCUCCUUCAAGUUACAGAUUCUGGAACAUCAUUGCAAAUGUAGCUGGAUUCAUCAUUCCCUCAGUGAUGUUCAUUGCUUCCCAGAAAGGAUUGCUUCAGCCUCAGCUGCCUUUGAUCUCAUGGGCAGUGCUCUUAGGCCCUUACUUCCUGCUUCUGUGGGUGCAACUGCUGACGGAGAUGCUGACGUGGCACUGGCAGUCGCCGGUGUGGUUGGUGACACCGGUUGUUUAUGAGUCGUAUCGACUGUUGCAGCUGAUGAGAGGGCUGAAGCUGGGGGCAGAGGUCGGGGCACCGUCGUGGAUGGUGCACACGGUAAGGGGAUUGGUGUGCUGUUGGGUGCUGGUUCUUGGGGUGCAACUCAUGAGAGUUGCUUGGUAUGCUGGUUUUACUGCUCGUGCUUAUCAACAGCAGUCUGCUGAGGUUGGAUCAUAAACUGGUAUUUAUGUAGCAGAAACAACAUUGUAUAAUAGUCCCUUAGUUGUUUCAUCAAUUAUGUACUCCAUUAGAUUCAAUAUUGCAAAACAAACUCA